AUGACUAGUUCCAGGAACUACCCUACUCUUACUCAUGUCCUCUACGUCGAUGAUAUAUUGGUGUUUUAUAGAAAAACUAAAAGGAACCUCUCCUCUUUGAUGGACCUCUUUCAGUCUUAUGGGAAUGUCUCUGACCAAAUUAUUAAUCCGAACAAAUGCUUGCUAUUUUCCAGUUCCAUGACUCCUUACAUAAUGUUGGAAAUUGAAUCCCUCUUGGGUUUCAAGGUGGGGAACCUCUCUUUUUCCUACCUUGGAGUCCCAAUUUUCGUAGGUACCAUUAAAUGCAAUGAGGAUGGCUUGGCUAAAGGUGCUCUUGGUCAUGCUAGGAGUGGGGGCAUCUUUUCAGUUCUCAUGAGACCCUCGAAGUCGAGCCUCUCGCUCGGUGACCUCGUCUUUGUGGUCUCCAUCUCCAUGCGCAACUCUAACAUUGUCUCCAUUGCGAGGCCCUGUGGCAUGUUGUGCGUGGACACAGUCGAGGUGUUUCUCUUCAGCAUGAGUUGCGAUGGCACCGUUUUGAGGGAAGGGGUGGAAGAGGUGAGGAUGGCGUGGAACAUGGUGUUGAGAGGGUGGAAAGGGGUUUUCACGAUGAUGGAGCGCAUGGGGAAGAUGGGGUUUAGGCUCGAUGGUGAGGGGUGGUUCUCGCAGGAGUUGCCAGCACUAGGGUGUUGCUUCGGUGCAAUGGAGAGUGCAGUGGUGGUAGAUUUGAAAGUGGGGAUGUGCGAAGGGGAGGGUGAGAAUCUGAAUGGGGUUAGGGUGAACGAAGUGAGUGUGGGGAUUUUGAGUGUUGUGGAUUGGAGGUACGCUAGUGUUGAAGAUAGGCUUAGGUACUUGCAACAUUUUCUUCUCACUAACUAUGCAAACUAA